AUGAAUUACAUCUACUCGACAGUCAACACCCUCCGGGAUCGCUAUACCCCCGUCUCCCACAAGUCAACCUUCCGUCAGACCGGUCAAAUCACACCCGAAGAGUUCCUCGCCGCGGGCGACUAUCUUGUUUAUAAGUUCCCGACCUGGUCCUGGGGUGAUGCCGAUUCCCCUGAACGUCGAGUCAGCCAUCUGCCUCCUGGCAAGCAGUUCUUGGUAACACGCAAUGUUCCUUGUCAUCGCCGUUUGAACGACGACUUUGCUGGUGACGCUGGACACGAGGAAGCUCUUGUCAAUGACGGCGAUGACUUCAAGGGUAAUGCAGGGGAUGACGAAGAUGGCUGGUUGAGGACUGGUGGUCUGGCCAGCUCGCAGCCGUUGAAAGUGAAGGAGGUGAGGACGGUGGACGAUUCAGGAAAUGUCGGUGACAGAGAGGUUGUGGACGAUGAUGAGAUUCCUGAUAUGGAGGACGAAGACGAUGAUGAAGCUAUCAUCCGAGACUCUGGCGCCGAUUCUAAGAACAGCGCUCACCGAACAUACACCCUGUACAUCAUGUACUCUCCUUACUACAGAACACCUCGUCUGUACCUCUCAGGCUAUCUCGCCAAUGGCCAGCCCCUCCCUCCCACUGAUAUGACGGAGGAUAUUGUCGGUGACUACAAGGACAAGACAGUGACACUCGAAGAUUUCCCCUUCUUCGCCAACAACAUCAAGAUGGCCUCUGUACAUCCCUGCAAGCACGCGUCAGUCAUGAAGACAUUACUUGACCGCGCCGAUGCUGCCCUUCGCCUGCGACGUGAGAAGCUCCGUACUGGUAACACUGAUAACAGUCAGGCACCUUCGGGAAUGGAGGGUUUGGUUGAUGAGAUUGGAAAGCUAGAUGUCAAGGGCGCUCAAGAGGCGGCAGACAAGGAUGAAUGGGAGGAGGUACAGGAAGCUGAGAUCGAUGAUCAAGAGGUUGCUAUCCGAGUGGAUCAGUACUUGGUUGUGUUCCUCAAGUUUAUGGCCAGUGUGACACCAGGUAUCGAGCAUGAUUUCACCAUGGGCGUCUAA